AUGUUCAAAUUGGAGAUAUUACCCAUAGGUUCCUUAUUAAAAAUUUAUGUCCUUAGUAGUUUUUAUUUAUUUGAGAACGAAGUUUACGCAAUUGAGACCUUCGGUAGCACUGGCAGGGGCAUUGUUCGUGACGCUGACGAUGUCUCGCAUUACAUGAAAGAAUUUGAUGUUGGUUUCGUUCCUUUAAGGCAAAAAUUGCUUGCUACAAUAGAGAAAAACUUUGGUACGCUGGCUUUCUGCAAACGCUGGUUGGAUAGGUUGGGUGAAACCAAGUACGCAAUGGGUUUGAGGAACCUCGUUGAAAUGAAUGUUGUGAGAGCAUAUCCACCUCUGGUGGAUUCUAAAGGCAGCUAUACCGCACAAUGGGAUGAAAGAAAAAAUACUCUUAUUGGUCUUGUGUUGAAAAUUUGGAAGUUAAAACAAAACGUGCUUCUACUAAGCAGUACAAGUUCAACACAGAAAGCGGGGUUGAAUUCGAAGAAUUAG